AUGUAUCCGGAUUUACCAUCCAACUCAUAUAAUACAGAUUCGGAUAAAUAUACGAACUGCUCAACAUCAUCUGCUAUUAUAUUUGAAGAUAUUAAACUAGAUGAGCAUGAUAGUAUUUCGCCAAAUCAAUACAGCACGUCGACUCAAUCAAAAAUAUUGACACCUAAUACUUCUCAACGACGACAACAACAACGAAAUUUCGAAAAACAAAUAUCUAAUACAGACCAUCAGCAAAAUCCAUCAGAUACAAAAUCAAAUGGUGUUUUUUUAUUACUCGAUGCUGAUGAACAUCUCACUGUUAACAAUAAAGAAGAUUUUAUUUCACAAUUACAAUCACCUUCACCAGAUCCACUUGUCAAAUGUGUUUCUAUUAUUGGAAAUACUGGGGAUGGAAAAUCAUAUACAUUAAAUCAAGUGUUUUUUAAUGGGGAAGAAAAAUUCAACACGUCAUCAACAUCAGAUUCAUGUACAAUGGGUGUAUGGUCGGCAUUAGAUGAAAAUCAUCGAACACUUGUUCUCGAUACUGAAGGUCGACUUGGUCUAUCACAAAACGAUAAUAUUCGUAAUCGAUUGUUACUCAAAAUCUUGUGCAUCAGUGAUAUUGUUAUAUUUCGAACACGAGCAGCCAAAUUACCUAAUGAUAUGUUUCAGUUUUUAUCUGAUGCAUCAAAUGCAUUU